AUGCGAAAGCAGGCAAAACGGAGCUAUGCGCGAACAACAGCUCGAUCGAUCCCAUACAACAGGAUGGGGUUCGAUCGAGCUCGUACUGGAGGCGAAUCGAUCGAACUUGUACACGACGACAAGCUCGAUCGAACCCAUACAGCAGGAGGGGGUUUGAUCGAGCUCAUCACUCAUAGACGAGUCGAUCGACCUCACGCGCCAUGCCAUGCAGCUCGAUCGAUCUCUGCCCUGUUUCAGCCGUUCGAUCAAUCCCGGUCAGAUGAUAUCACAGCCGUUCGAUCUACUUGGUGCAAACCGACUUGA